AGUCAGCAGAAAGUCCAACAACAUGCUGGGAUCCAGAGGCUAAGUGGACUUCAAUGAUGGAGCCAUUUGUUUUAGCAAGUGCGCCAUGGUUUGAAAAAAGAGGAAAGCUGGAUUGGUGAACUUUCACAGGUAGAGAAGAGCUUGCAUGGAGAGUAGGAGAGGAGUGGCCAUAGCGUACUUAUCUACAACUGUUUGUGAAUUGCUCUCUCUGGAACUGUCAGAUGCUCCAAACUGGCCAGAUGGCUCUCGUUUGGCUGACCUGUGGCAUCAUCAUUGUGUGCGGCAUUGGAUCUGAUGCAUUUAAAAACAACUGUUGCAGCAGAAAAAACUGUAUGGGGAUAGAGUAUGACACCCGAGAGGCUGUGUGCUGUGAGAACUGUUUCCAUCCUGGGAGAGGGCUUUCAUGUUGUGGAAAGUUGUCCUUUGAUCCAGAAGUGGCCACCUGCUGUCCAGGAAAACCAGGAGUAACAGCUAAAGUUACACAAGGUCUGAGCCAAAGUGUGUCGUCUUGCUGUGAACUGCAGGCAUACAACUCUCUGAAUGAAAUAUGCUGUCAGUCCACCGUCAGAACCAAGCCUUCAGCAAACGCCCAAUGCUGUGGUAGAGAUGCCAUUGAUGGAGACACACAUUUGUGUUGUGGUCCACCAGAUGCAAAAAAAGGCCAGUUGAAAUUAUCUGAUCACCAUCAAUGCUGUGGCCAAGACCAGUACGACACUUUGAAAAAUUGCUGCUGUGCGAUAAAUGCCACUCUUCAGAUACACCCCAAUAAGGCCAGUUGCUGUGUAGAAGACUCAGAGACAUUUGAUGCAGGCACUGAGUUAUGUUGUGGCCCCCCUGAGAAUAAGACCUGCUCGCGUAGAAUUUCUGAUCACCACCUGUGCUGUGGACGUGACCAGUAUAACACCACGACUCAUUGUUGCUGUGGGCUGGAUCACCCUUUGAAGAUACACCCCAUUGGCUCCGAAUGCUGUAACGAAUCAGAUGAACAACCACAGAACCCCAGUUCCCAACUCAACAGCACUGAGCCACACACAGGUCUAGCUGGAUCAUCAUGUUUCGACCUGAUCAAAUGCCUGUGCGGUGAGACAUACCGGACAGAUUCUCCCGAGCCUCCUUUGUGCUGCACCCCAGGUCGACAUGACACUCCCAUCUGUACUCCACAUGCAGGCGUCUCCUGUAAAUCUGGGUGGAGGCCUUCAACUGAUCAAUGCUGUGGAGGGACACGGCCAAACUGGGCACGAUGCAGAGUCCGCUCUUGUGAUGAGAUCUUGUACACAGGCAGAGAGGAUGGAGACAUAUACUUGGACAGCAGUGUUGCUUACCACCCAGCUGAAGGGACUAUAUGCUGUUCAAAGUUUCAUGGCUCAUCAGGGCAGCACUGCUGUGGGACAGACAUCUACCAGCCUCACAGUGAGAUCUGCUGCAAUGGACACAGAUAUCCCAAAGUCGAAAACCUGCUCUGCUGUGGGAUUAAGGCCUACAACAUUAAGAGCAAACAGAAGAAGUGCUGUGCAGGGAGACUGCACCACCUGAGGUCUAACCAGUCUGCACAUGAAGCACAAUGCUGUGGAUCCAUGCUGCAAAAACCAUCAAAUGUCUGCUGCAUGAGUCAGAAUGAGGAGGUGCUCUACGUUCCACAGCGGGGGUUCAAAUGCUGCGGCCAUCUCUACUACAAUACUUCUCUGUGGUCCUGUUGUGCAGGGAGCCUGUGUCCGGUCCACAAACCAGGACAUCACCACAGCCAGUCAAUCAAAGUUUCAGAAUGCAGUCAUGUGUCACUGAACAACCUGGAUGAGAAAGAACUUUGCAGAGAAAUGCACAUUGGGAUUGUGGACAGUGUGUCUCCGCAAAGCAUCGUGUUCAGCCGUGUGGUGAAAAUCUACGGAAAAAAUGCCACUGUGAAACAUCUCACCUCCCCUCACAUCCUGGAAACACAUGGCUGCAACUUCCUUAAGUUGAUCUGUGGGGAGACUUACUUCUUUAAUCACGUUAAUGUCUUUACUGAUUUCAACCAUGACUACAUUCUCCAGUCACUCCAUUUCAUUAUUUCCAAGUGUCAGGCGACCUCAGAUUAACCCAUUCUGGCAGACAUUGUCAGUGUCAGACAGUUAACAGGGAACAUGCCUUGAAUCUCCUUGUACUCAUGACUAACUUUCUCAUACUACCGUACCAGUAACUCAUUAGUAGCACUUAAAAGCUAAAAUGCUUGUUAUUUUAGUUUCUGAUCCCUCUGCUCCGACUUGGUGUCAUGGUAUUUAGUUAUUGAGGUGUGUUAUGUUACUUCUAAGAAUGGAAGUAAAGCACUGAUGAAUCAGGUAAAGCAGGAAAAGCCUAAUAUCCAUGCAAACCAGUAGCAUUUAGAGUUUACAGUUAGGAGCUAAAGUUUACUGUCUCAGAGUCACAGUGCUAAGCUGAAUGUUUAGAACAUUAUUUUACUGUAUCUGACAGACAAGGCAAAAAUUUAAUGUGAAAACAAUAAUCUGGUAAAAAGGGAAGAAGAUAGAAUUCACUCAUACACCAUUGAAUAAACUAAUAACAUGACGUGCAAAUGUAUGUCAGUACUUCAAGCUUCGGUAAGGAAUUUCUAACAGGUGCUGAAACAGACAGAAUUACAUAGUGAUGUGUCUUUAUUAUCAACAAAAGCUAAAAAGACUGCAGGUGAAAAGAUUAAUACAUUCUAUAUGGUUACAUUUUUAAUGACUGAAACCACUGCAACAGGGUAGGUGUCAGACAAAGUGAGGAACAGAACACUGCACUAACAUCCUUCUUUUAAUAUUUUUCACCGCACAUAUUUACAGUGAGUGAUAUAUUUACAGAGGACAGCAAAAUCAGAUUUCAUUUAGACGAUGAGACACUAGAAAUAGACAUGUACAGGACAAAGUAGCAAGGAGAAGGGGGCACCAAAUCAACAAAACCACAAGUUCAUCAUAGGAACCUCUAAGGGAAGUUUAAGUAUCUGUUAUCAAAAAACUUGCAGGUUCAGGACACACUUUUUACAAGUGUUGGAUAAUGUAAUGUGCCUUACUUUGGCAGUUUAGCAUUUUUAUCCAUCCUUACUUAAAAAGAAAAAAAACUAUCCCUUUAAUAAAUGCAAUAUUUUAAUGACAAUCCUGCAUUGUGAUUUAAUGACAUGUACACUUUGAAGUAUGAUGCAAAAGUGUCUGCUGCACUCUUUGCAGAAAAUUUUAAACUGAAUGUAGCUGAAUUAUUUUCUAUUACAUUAGUGUCCACAUAAGGUAAACACUGUAGCUACUAGUUCAUAUAUUUGGUGGUCGGGAGAAAAAUGCAUCUGUUAAUUUUAUUGAUGUUUUAUUGUGUUUAUUUGCAUGCAUCUGGCAACCAUUUGCACAAGUCCUGCACUGUGACAGCAAUGAUUUGUAGAACACAAUCAUAUUGUAUUGAACUUACACUAAAGAGCCUAAUCGCUCAAAGGUCCUUCUGUCCCUUGAAUAUGUUUCUAUUUCCUUUCUCUGUGGUAACAUUUGGAUCAUUUGAAUGUUUUUCUGAAGUGUAUGACACUGUCUUGGAAAGGGGGUGAGAGAAAACAAGCUAUAAAACCUAUUUUCAUAUGCCAAAAAUAUACUCUCUUUUGCAUGCUAAAAAACAUUGAUUUAUUGCAUGUAUAUUUUUUAUAAUAGUCUGGUUGCCUUUUUUUUUACUUUAAUUUUUCGGAAUAAAAAACGAUUAU